AUGAGCGGAGAGAAACAAUUAGGCUUUUCGUACCAAUUCGCCGCAGGCGCUAUUGCUGGUAUCUCUGAGCUACACUGUAGGUAUCCGCUGGAUAUUGUCAAGACUAGAAUACAGUUACAGUCCUCUAAAGGCACUGAAGUAGAUUCAUACAAUGGCAUGGCGGACUGCUUCAAAAAAAUAGUCCGGAAUGAGGGAUUUAAUCGACUAUAUCGUGGGAUCGGAGCACCUAUCAUCAUGGAAGCCCCAAAACGAGCAACCAAAUUUGCCGCCAAUGAAUUCUGGGGAGCUUUUUACCGUGACCUCACAGGCGCAAGUAAAAUGAACCAACCAUUGUCAAUACUAGCCGGUGCCUCUGCUGGUGCAACCGAAUCAAUAGCUGUCGUUCCAUUCGAUCUUAUCAAAAUCAGAAUGCAAGAUCGUUCCUCAAUAGGAAAGUACUCAGGUUUGGUAGAUUGUGUCGUUAAGACUAUCAAAGCCGAAGGUCCUCUAGCACUAUAUAAUGGCUUUGAGAGUACCAUGUGGAGGCACUCCCUUUGGAACGCUGGCUAUUUUGGGUGUAUCUAUCAAGUCCGCGAAUACUUACCAAAAUCAGAUAAUCAGACUACGCAACUCCUGAAUACCCUUAUCUCAGGCGCAAUCGGUGGUACAGUUGGAACCAUUUUAAACACGCCUAUGGAUGUGGUUAAGUCACGCAUUCAAAAUAGUCCCAAAGUGGCCGGAUCAGUCCCCGAAUACAAUUGGGCUUGGCCAGCAAUUGGUAAGGUCAUGAAGAGUGAAGGACCUGGAGCACUUUACAAGGGUUUUUUGCCCAAGGUACUUAGACUAGGCCCUGGUGGCGGCAUUCUCUUGGUAGUAUAUACUGGGGUCAUGGAUUUCUUUGCGAAAAUAAACGAUGAGAUGUCCAAGUAG